CUUGUGAAUCGCCUUCAGCAUUCGUUGGCCCAUUACCCAACUAACCCAACCCUAAACCCUAAACCAUUUCUUCAGUCUCCCCUCACGCAUCGUUCGUGGCGUCUCAAGCUCACCCAGAGGAAGCUUUAGCUCCACACUCCAGAAAAAUCAGGGUUUUGCCCAUCUUUCCGGAAAAGAAGACGAUGAAUUUUGCAACAUCAAUAUGCAGUAGGUUGGGUCUGAAGAACAUUGUUACGAAUACUCCCGUAUACAGCAGUGCUUCUGAUGUCACGGCAGAAGGAUUGAGUUUGACCUUUAGGCGCUGGGCUACUAAAAAAUCUGCUGGAUCCACCAAAAAUGGUCGAGAUUCAAAUCCCAAAUUUCUUGGAGUGAAGAAAUUUGGCGGAGAGAGAGUGAUACCUGGAAACAUCAUAGUUCGCCAAAGAGGCACCCGUUUUCAUCCUGGAAAUUAUGUUGGUUUAGGGAAGGAUCACACCCUUUUUGCUCUGAAAGAAGGCUCUGUUAAGUUUGAACACCACAAGCUCAGCGGACGCAAGUGGGUGCAUAUUGUGCCAAAGGAAGGUCACGUGCUUCACCCCGUCUAUGCAAAUGGUGCGACUGCGCCAUCGACAGCGUAGUUGAAGACGGUUUCAGAUCCUUGUGAGCUUGUUAUUAGAUCAUUUUAGGUUCAAACCUUUCCCCGGGUUGGUUAGAAUAAGAAAAGCGAUACCCCAAAACAUAUGAAAUACAUCAUUUUUGACAGUCGAACGAGACAGAAUUGUUUCAAAUGAA